UUAGGCCACUAUAGUCAAUGUAUAUAGUCUUUGGUUUACACUCUGGUUAUUUCUAUUCUGUGACGGUGGCGUCCGAUUUUGACAAAUAAACAUAACCUUACACCAAGCUAAAAUGAAAGAAAACAAAACUGUGACCAUUGAAAACUUCCCUAUAAUUUGCAGGAUUUGCUUGAACAAACGAACCGGAGUCCAAAUUUUAAAUGUGAAAAGACGAAAAGUUUUAUUAUCCGACCUGUUAACAAUGUACACUUCAAUAAAGGUAAAAGAAGACGAUAAAAAGCCAGAUAAAAUAUGUAAAAUGUGCGAGAAUAAAAUGUUUACAGUCCACAAUUUCGUACAAAAUUGUAAAAGGGCGGAAUCAAUUUUAAAUUCACUUUUACUUAAGCACAAAAUUGAUGACAAUUUUGAUCCAAGUGAUAAUUUACCCUUGAUAACGUUUGUUCAGAAGAAAGAACCUGAUGAUAAACUUGUCCAAGAUGAAUAUGAAAUAAAAGACGAGUACCAUUCAGACAAUAACAAUGGCUUUGAUGAUAAUGAUGAGGUAGACAGCGAGAUGGAUAUAGAAAGCAAUGUGCCAGCCACAAAAAUACUACAACCUGAGUUAGAAAUAGAAGACAAAGAGACUCACAAAAAUAACACAGACAAAAUAAAAAGAAAAAGGCAGUAUUCAUGUAAAGUUUGCAAUCAAGUGUUUAAGGAUUAUGAAUCCGUGAAGGAACACAGAAAAGAAUACAAACACGUUCGACAGAAGCGCCACUCUUGCCCCACUUGUAAUAAAACGUUUCAAUGCAAUUAUAGACUUAAAGAACACAUCAGGACUCACACUGGUGAACGUCCAAAUGUCUGCGACACUUGCAACAAAAGAUUCAAUUCCAAAUCUGAUCUCAAGAGGCACAUUGUGAUAAUUCAUUUGAAUAUUAAAAAGUAUAAGUGCCAAUAUUGUGAUAAAGGAUUCAGCAGAAAGUUCUACCUGAGAGACCAUGAAAGGACGCACACAGGAGAGCGAUUAUACAGUUCGUGCUGCGCCAAAGAGUUUACAUCCUACUACUCGCUGUACCAUCACGAAAAGAAACACAAGUACAACAAAAUGUACGUAAAGAAAAUCGACCCGAACAAGCCAAUCAAAAAGGAAUCAGGCGAGGAAGGCAACUAUCGGUGUUACAUCUGCCCCAAGGUACUCCGCACCGACUACUCGUUAAAACGUCACAUAUCGGUCAAACACGACAUCAGGAACUUGACGUGCGACGAUUGCGGGGCCCAAUACCCCAGCAUCAGGGAGCUGAACGAGCACAUAAGGUCGACGCACAAAGACCACCCCUACACCAUCGCCCACAACGUCAAGGAGUUCAGUUGCAUGGUCUGCGCGAAGGAGUUCAAGUACAAGAGCUCGCUCAGGGACCACAUGCGGGUGCACACCGGCGACACGAAGUUCAAGUGCUCCGAAUGCGACAAGAUAUGUUUGAACAGGCGCAAACUGAACGAGCACAUGAGGAUACACACGGGCGAGAAGCCCUACACCUGUAGCUACUGCGGAAAGAACUUCAGGACGUUGACCAACAUGUCGGAACAUCAGAAGACCCACACCACCGAGAGGAAUCACGUUUGCGCCAAAUGCGGGAAGAGUUUCUACGACGCGAGGAGCUUGAAGAAGCACUCGGCCACCCACGAAAAUAAUAUUGUCCAAUAAUAUUAUAAUUUAGGCAAUAAAAACCUAAGUGGGUCGUAUUUGUUAAGGUUGAAUUAAAACUGCUGUAUUUAUUGAAUUUAGACAAAAUUGAAUACUUUACAAUUAUUGUUUGUACAAAAAGCUUUUGUGAAUUUUAUGUUAAUACGCUGAAACAUUCAAAUAUUCAUAAAAAGGUGUAAUUAUUUAAAUUAUAAUAAAAAUAAGAUGUUUUUAUCUACAAUAAUAAAUCAACUUCAAUGUGA